GCAUUUCUCAGAGUUUUAUGUGAAUACACGAGUGAUGCUGUAGAAAAACGACGGUUACAAGAAUUGUGCAGUAAAGAAGGUAAAACUCUUCACCUUGUAGGCUUGUACGUUUUGUAAGAUACCUUGAACGGUUUUUGUAAUGUACUCUUAAAUAUUACUAUUGCGUAUCUUGCCUGGAAAAUUGGAUUUGCAUUGGAUUAACUGAAACUAAGUCUUACAUACAUACAUACAUACAUACAUACAUACAUACAUACAUACAUACAUACAUACAUACAUACAUACAUACAUACAUACAUACAUACAUACAUACAUACAUACAUACAUACAUACAUACAUACAUACAUACAUACCAACAAAAAACAAAAAACAAAAAACAAAAAAUUAUUUAAACCACGCUAGCCUCGACAACCGUGGAGGCUGAUUUCCACGAGGGGCGUGAAAUGACCUAUUUACAAGAAAUUAACUAUUUACAAGAAAUACAGAAACACGACAAGAAAAUACAGGUGAUUUUAACUGCACGAUCAUACACAGGCAAGUUUCAACUCAUUCUUUGUUUUAAUAUCGAUUUGAAAGAGCUUAAGGAUUCAGGUCGACAAGAUGAAGUCAAUUACGACAAGAUGAAGUCAAAUUUGUGCAUGAUGGAAAAUGUGAAAUGUCGAGCAGUACUCCGGGGCACUUGAGUUGGAAGCCGCCAGAUCUGAUAAGGGUAGCGCUAUCCAGUAUCCACUAUCCAGCCUUCGUAGUUCGUACAGCCGGCUCCAGGUUUUCGCGUCACUUAAAAUGUCUAUAAAUUGAUGUUUUCCAAGUUUUAUUAUAUUUGUCGUUGUAUGUACAUGUAUGGUUCCCAUCUUAACGUGAUAUUUAAUGUACAGUGUAGUUUAUUAUUAAUACGAGUAAUUAUAUAACAAGCUUAUGCAAUGUUUAACCAAGCCUUCCAAAAUUAACCUUACUUGAUUUUAGUAAUAUUUUUGGGUUUUAUAGGCGCUGCUAAUUACUCGACGUUUAUUCGCGAGCCACACGUGUCUUUUAUUGACAUUUUAAAGGCCUUUCCUUCUUGUAAACCUCCGUUUGAAAGACUGCUUGGUAAGUCUAGUAUAUGA